AUGCAUGCCAAGACAAUCCCAGUGCUCUGGGGAUGUUUCCUCUUGUGGAAUGUCUGCAGCUCCUCUUCUGAAGCUGUUUACCCUGGAAUCAAGGCCCGGGUUACUCAGCGGGCACUGGACUAUGGUGCCCAAGUUGGACUGGAGAUGAUUAAGCAAAUGCUCGAAGAAAGACACAUUCCAGACUUAAAAGGCUCAGAAUCACUGGAUUUUCUGAAGGUUGAUUAUGUGGACUACAAAUUUUCAAAUAUAUCAGUCAAUGAUAUUUCAUUUCCAAACACUUCACUGACCUUUGUGCCCGGAGUGGGCAUCAAAGCCCUGACCAACCAUGGCACUGCCAACAUCAGCACCGACUGGGAAUUCAAGUCUCCACUCUUCCAAGACUUUGGAGGGGCUGAUCUGUUCCUCUCUGGGGUCUUCUUCUCUGGCAUCAUUCUUCUGACCCAGAAUGACUUUGGCCACCCGAUCUUGGAGCUCCAGGACUGCCGUGCCCAAGUGAGCCACGCCCAUGCCUCAUUUUCUGGAGAGCUCAGUGUUCUGUAUAAUUCCUUUGCUGAACCCAUGGAGAAACCCAUUUUGAAGAACUUAAAUAAAAUGCUGUGUCCCAUUGUUGCUGGCGAGGUGGAAGCCUUGAAUGCCAACCUCAGCAUGUUGGAGGUGUUAACCAAGAUUGACAACUACACUGUACUGGAUUAUUCCCUUAUCAGUUUUCCAGAAGUUACUGAGAAUUACAUGGACCUAAAUUUGAAGGGUGUCGUCUACCCACUAGAAGACCUCUCUGACCCGCCCUUCUCCCCGGCUCCCCUGGUGCUCCCGGAACGCACUGAUUCGAUGCUCUACAUCGCAAUCUCAGAGUAUUUCCUGAAGUCAGCAUCCUUUGCUCACUUUGUGGCAGGGGCCUUCAAUGUCACCCUGUCCACGGAAGAGAUUUCCAAGCACUUUGUCCAGAACUCUCCAGGCCUUGCCAACAUGCUCUCCUGGAUUGCUGAGGGCUAUAUCUUGGCUCAGCCCUUCAUGGUGCGAAUUAUGGCCACGGAGCCUCCAAAUGUCCAUCUGUUACCGGGCAACUUCACCCUGGACAUCCCGGCUUCCAUCUGACUAAUCACCAAGACUGAGAAUCAACCACUGAAAAUUGUCUCCAUGGACUUUGUUGCCAGCACCAGCGUGGGCCUCGUUAUCUUGGGACAAAAACUGAUCUGCUCCUUAUCUCUGAACAGAUUCCGCCUUGUUUUGCCAGAGACCAAUCGCAACAAUAUUGAGGUCUUGAGAUUUGAGAAUAUUCUGUCUUCUAUUCUCCACUUUGGCGUCUUCCCACUGGCCAAUGCCAAGUUGCAGCAAGGACUACCCCUGCCCAACCCAUACAAUAUCUCCCUGACCAGGUCAGAGAUUGAAGUUCUUGAGGGUUUCAUUUUAAUUUCCACUGACCUGAAGUAUGAAACGUCUGUAAAACAACAAUCAAGUUUCUAUGACUGGGAAGAUCUACCUCUUAUCCAUGAGCUAUGGAGGAAGAAACCAGUGCCCUGA